AUGGCCACAGAGAGCAUCGUCACAGACACGAAUCAGUCUGCUAACAUCAACACCAUCACGCCCGCAGGGCAGAAGUACAACAUGGAUGACUUCCGAGAGGAAGAUGAUCGAUCCGUGGAGAUAUCCUCGAUCGCCGCCAUUUACCCUGAGAUCCAAAUUGAUCCAGAAAAUCCAUAUCGAGCAAACAUCGACCUGCCGGUGACGCUACCGUCGCCGACAAAAGUCUGCUUUCAACCGCCACCCGACCCCGGACUUCUGCCGGCAUUAACGCCGCCCACCUCCACCGACGGCUUCAAGGAUGAUAUGGCUCCAGGCAAUGCAGAUGAUAUCCACGUGCUAUCGCACCUCCCUCCGCUCAACCUGGCGAUCGAGCUGCCUCGUGGAUAUCCUGCCGAGAAGCCACCCCGGGUUCAGCUCACGACCCAUCCGUCGUGGCUUCCAGACCAUGUGCUUGCACGUCUGACCGAUGACUGCGUGCGACUGUGGGAGGAAUGCGGCCGAGAUAUGGUGGUCUUCACCUACAUCGACCAUCUUCAUCAGUCGGCAGAUUCCGCCUUUGGCAUCCAAGACACUGCUGAGGGCGAAUUAUUUCUGACCCGAGAUCUGAAGAUUCCAUUGCUGGACUUCAACGGACGGACGGAGCGAGAGAAGUUUGAACAAGAGACCUUCGAGUGCGGAGUGUGCCUGGAGCCGAAGAAAGGGGCUACAUGCCACCGACUUUUACGGUGCUCCCACGUUUUCUGCGUGCCCUGCCUGCAGGACUUUUACAACACUUGCAUCACCGAAGGCGAUGUCGACAGUGUCAAGUGCUUGGCUCCAGACUGUGAAAAAUCCAAGAGCCCCGGGUUGACACCGGGAGGCGACCAUACGCCUCCUCGGGGCAAAAAGCGCGACCGGACACUCGGGCCGAGUGAACUCCUCGAAAUCCCAUUGUCUACGGAGAUUGUACAAAGAUACGUCUUUCUCAAGCGGAAGAAGAAGAUCGAAUCCGACAAAAGUACCGUUUACUGCCCCCGUCAAUGGUGUCAGGGUGCUGCCCGAUCGAGGCGGCAUCCCAAGCCCACAGAUCCAAUGGCGGAUGCCGAGGAUGCCGACGCAUCUGAUGAGGACGAAGUUCGAUUUGAUCCGUCCGGACAGAAAGGCGAGUUGCCGCCGGUCGCUGAACGGGUCGCGAUCUGCGAAGAGUGCAACUACGCCUUUUGCAGUGUCUGCCGAAAAGGAUGGCACGGCGAACUGGUCCGAUGCCUCCCACAGCGCAAGAUGGAGGAGCUUUCGGCCGAAGAGCAGGCGACCGAGGAAUACCUGCGCAUGUACACCUCCAAGUGCCCAACGUGCACGGUCCCGUGCCAGAAACGGAUGGGUUGCAACCACAUGCGCUGCUUCCAGUGCGACACUCACUUUUGUUACCUGUGCUCCGCGUGGUUAUCGCCAGACAACCCAUACAGCCAUUUCAACCAAGGGAGCAGUACGUGUUAUAACCGUCUGUGGGAUUUGGAGGGUGGAGAUGGACUUGACCCGGAAGGUGCGGAAGCCCUUCACCGUAUUCCCGAGGCCCUCUUGCAUUUUGAGGACGAUCACAAUAAUGGUCUAGCGCAUAACAACGGCAUUGGCGACGAGGCAGCUGAUCUGGAUUGGAGCUCCGAUGACGAGGAUGACCGACCGGCAUGGGACUUUGAUCUCGACGACGAUGGUCAGGGUCGUCACCACCAGCCGCCACCCCCUGCACCCGUGCCCCCUCGCAACCCUGCCGCCGCCCGAGCUGGUGGUGCUCACAAUCCUCGACCAGAUGCGGCGGCCCGCGCAGCCAGGGAACGGGAGGAACAAGCGCGUGCAAUGGCUGAAAUUCGGCAACGUGAUCGCAACGGUAACCGUGUUCCAGUCGCACGUCGACAGGAUCAAGUGCGCGGCGGCGCAGGCCCUGAGCCUCGAGGGAUGGCAGGGCUCCAACGAUUCUUAGAGCUCGUCCAGAACGAUCGGGAGGACGAAUGGGAUAGUGACGAGCUGGAGGACUUUUGA